CUGAUUUUGGUGAGAGAAACAGUGACUAAGUUAUAUAAAUACAUGUUUGGGAAUGAGUGGGGAAGAUAGAAAUUCCAAUGAAGAGGAUAACAGUGGUAGCAUUUGUGGUGAUAAGUUGUUUUUGUUUAGCGUCUUCAAAAUCAGAAUUAUGCUCUUACACUUCCAUCUUCAGCUUCGGUGAUUCCCUCGCCGACACCGGCAACCUCUAUCUCAGCUCCGAACCACCGCUUUCCAACCACUGUUUCUUCCCUCCUUACGGUGAAACCUUCUUUCACCAUGUCUCAGGACGCUGCUCUGAUGGUCGUCUCAUCAUCGAUUUCAUCGGUGAGUCUCUAGGGAUUCCACCGCUGAAACCGUAUCUGGGAAAGAAGAAUGAUGAAUGGAACUGGAAAGACGGAGGAGCCAAUUUUGCAGUUGCAGGAGCCACGGCGCUGGAGUCAACCUUCUUUGAAGAUAGGGGCAUUCCUGUCAAAACCAAUUAUUCUUUGUCAGUUCAAUUCACUUGGUUUAAGGAUUUGCUUUCUACUCUUUGCAAUUCUUCUCCCCAAAGUUGUCUUGAGGAGGUUAAGAACUCAUUAUUUCUUGUGGGUGAAAUAGGUGGAAACGAUCUUAAUCAUGCUUUAUAUAUAGGAAAGAGCAUAAUAGAAGUUAAAACGUAUGUGCCUCAUGUCAUCAAUGCAAUAUCAUCAAUAACCAAAGAGUUGAUUGGUCUGGGGGCUCACACGCUCAUGGUUCCUGGAAAUUUACCUAUUGGAUGUGGUGCAAUAUAUUUAACAAUUUAUGAAACUAAAGAUGAGAAGCAAUAUGACAAAUUUGGGUGUUUGAAGUGGUUAAACGAGUUUUCUAAAUAUUACAACCAUAAUCUCCAAAUUGAAUUAAAUAAGCUUCGAGCUCUUUACCCGCACGUUAAUAUUAUCUAUGUUGAUUAUUACAAUGCUGCAAUGACUUUAUAUCGUCGUCCUGCAAAAUUUGGAUUUAUUGGUUUUAAAGCCUGUUGUGGAAAAGGAGGUUCAUACAAUUUCAAUGCAUCAAUAAUGUGUGGCGAUCCAAGUGUGAAUGUCUGCGGUGAUCCUUCCAAGUAUAUUGGAUGGGAUGGAAUUCAUUUAACUGAAGCUGCAUAUAAAUUAAUCGCUCAAGCUUUUAUAGAAGGACCACAUUCUCAACCUCAAUUUAAUUCGUUGUGUUUGGCUAAUGCAAAUUUUGGUUAUACACGUAUCAUCUAAGCAUGUGACUAUGGUUUAUAUGAUAUCAAAAGUUUUA